CUGACGUCGUUGAACGCCGGCCCGUGACGUCACCCCGCCGUGACGCGUACGCAGUGGGAAAACUAUAAAGAUGAGUGUCAUACAUCAUCCAGUAUGGAAGUUUCAGAAGUUGGAAGACAUUUGCUAAGUGAAGUUACUUAAACCUGGCAUCUUCAGCAGUAAUUUCAGCCACUCUGCAUUUAAUGGAAGAAGACCGUCAUCUGCUCAUUACAUGUCUAACUCAAAAUAGUAGGUUUAUAUUCUUUAGAGUCAAUUUAUCAAAUGUAUUUGAAAGAUGAUUCACCAAGGCCCUUGGAGUAAUGCAAUCAAGAUAGAAGCGAGCCCUGCCUUUAUAGAGAUUUGAGUCUGUUGGAGAAGACAGAUAUUCAGUUACAUCAAUGUAAGGAUGAUCUGCAUCGGGAAAAGAGAACCAAAUUGUAGGAGGGCAACAUAGCAUCUCAGGACUUCAGCUCAUCUGGUUUGUUUAUAUGGCGGAUUGCAUUGAUGGAUUUUGUAUAUUGAACCAUCCUUGCAUCCCUGGAAUGAAGCCUACCUGACCUUGGUGGAUGAUGUGUUUGAUGUGUCCUUGGAUUCGGUUUGAUAUUGAUUUCAGCCCUGAUUGGAUUAUUUCCUGCCAUCUACUACUCUUGGGAAAGUUACCGUUGAAGUCAUCUACAUCAUAAUGCAGAAUUCUUCAUUGGUACCAGCAAAAGAUCAAGGUGAAUCAAGCAUCCCUUCUGGAACAACACAGAGUGGGAAAAGUUUACAGAACAAGAGUCAGUUUAGGACCAUCGCACCCAAAAUUGUGCCUAACGUCCUAACGUCCAGCGUGCUACCCUGUCCUUCCUCACUUCCUGACCAAGAGAGUCUAGCUCUAACCACCAAGCCUCUGGGUGUGCCCACUCAGAACUAUGCUCUGAUGCAGGUGGCCGGCCAGGAGGGCACAUUUUCUCUUGUUGCUUUGCCAAAUGUUGCCUCAGCUCAGCCAGUUCAGAAGCCCAGGAUGUCCCUACAUGAAAACUUUAAACUGCCAAUUCCUCGAUACCAGCCACUAAGUAGCAAAGAAUUCAGGAAGAAACAGGAUCUGGGCUCUCUCCAGAGUGGCUGCAGCAGACCUCCUGGCCCAGCCCAGAUGUUCCAGAUGUCCCCACACGCCCAUCCUGCACUGCCUCACAAACCCAGCCUGUUGAAGCAAUUGCUCACUUUUGAACCUUCCCCCACCCAUAUCAACACAGCUACACUGACAAGGGGUUUUGGCCGAGGAGAUUCGAAUCCUCUAGUGACUGAUGGCUGUGGAGAUCAGGAGCUUCCUGCCACUCCAUCAUCGACUCCAGAGGAGUCCUCUGACCUGCAGAGCCUCGCAGCGGUUAUGCAGAAGGCCAGGAAGGAGGUGCCUGCCAAGCCUGCCACCGCUGGCAGAGAACGCAGAGAGCAGACGGCCUCUGCACACGCUGGCUGCAGCAGGGCGGUGCCGCUGACCUCCGGAGUGCCCAAGGGCAAACUGCCCGUCCUGCCCUUCUCAAGAGUAAGAACCGUGGAGGUAGGCAAAGUGGAGUCAGAUGCGGACACUACAGACGUCUCUACCCCCGGAUGCGGGGCACACUGUGAGGAGAGACUGUCUGUCACAGAGAGGUUCGAUGCAGCCACCAAGGUAGCCAGCGUGAUACCUGCACUGCACGGGUCACAGCCGAGUGCGAGUGAACGUGCCUUCUGCCCUGUCACCAAAGUAGAUCUCGGCCGCAAAGCAAACGCCAGCAGUGGGUUAGCAAAGAGAAGAGGAAGGAAAUGGAAAGUGCCAGAUGAGAUUUUAGCACUGCAGGGUAAGAGGAGGAAAUGCAGGAAUAGUAUGUGUGGAGACAGUGUAGAAAGAGCGAGAACCAGUCCCCAGGAACCCAGAGACCAGAAGCCCAGGGCCGCUUCAAGAAAGUAUCGUCACAUCAUGCCCAAGCCUGUCCUCGUCCUGUCCACCUUGGCGCCCCUGGCAUCUCCCUCGGCCGUGCUGCAGGCCCAGGCUCCCAGCAGCCUAGGUCAGGACGUGCUGGCCAACGCCCUGCGUCUGAACGGCCUCGACCCCAGGCCGAGCCCUGCACCCAAGCCCAGCUCUGCGCUUAGAAGCGGCUUCUCUGCCAUUAAGAAGCCCUGGCACAUGUGCCCUGUCUGCAACCACCACUUCCAGUUCAAGCAUCACCUUCUGGACCACAUGAACAUACACACCAACAGACGGCCUUAUAGUUGUGGGAUCUGCCGCAAGACCUACGUCCGUCCCGGCAGCCUGAGCGCACACAUGAAACUCCACCAUGCCGAGAAUCGCCCCAAGAAGCUAGUGUGCUGUGAGUUUUGUGCCAAAGUAUUUGGUCAUGUCCCAGUCUAUUUCGGCCAUCUGAAGGAGGUGCACAGGGUUGUGAUCAGCACAGAGCCCUCCUCCAGUGAACUGCAGCCAGGAGACACACCAAAGAACAAGGACCGAGAUGCCGGUGUGCAAGGACCAGACGGCCCACUGGAGAGGGAAACCAAGUCAAGUUUGGAAGAAGAUUUCCUUCUAAACCAGGCAGAUGAAGUCAAAUUGCAAAUUAGAUGUGGCCGUUGUCAGAUCACUGCUCAGUCCUUUGCUGAAAUCAAGUUUCAUUUACUUCAUGUUCAUGGGGAGGAGAUUCAAGGCCGGCUUCAAGAGGUGAUCUUACCGGGCAGCAGGCCUGGCACUGCCCACCAGAAGCUGCACCCGGACAGAAGGAAGCAGGUGAUGCCCUGCGCCUCUGUGGAGGACUUCCCAGCAUUUCCCAAAGUGCGAAGACUGCCGGCCCCUCAUCAGCACAGAGAGGAGGUCCUGGCAGAGAGCGAGGGUGCCCGGUGGGGAAGGGGUGGCCCGCAGCCCUCCACCACGCUCUUCUGGUCCCGCUCCGGCUUCAACUGCCUGCUCUGCGCCCAGAUGCUGGGGCGGAAGGAGGACCUGCUUCUUCACUGGGUACACCAGCACAACUGCGAGGACCCCACCAGACUCUGGGCUCUCCUGGGGACACUCUCCAACCAGGGCGCUCCCGAGCCCCCGUGAGGCCAGGCAGUGACCACCCCUCCGUCCCUCCCUUUCUGUGGGUGUUUAACUGUAAGGCUCCAGCGCUCCAGGGCCAACGCUAGUGGGCAGAGGGAAUUUUUGUGCAUAGUUUUAUUUUCUUAAGAAAUAAAGAAUGUGCCCUGAUGCAGUUUUCUAACGUAUGUAGUCUCACUUUAAAAUGCUGUGCAGUCUCUAACACCAUAGACUUAUUUAUAAGAAAUAAAAAUAUCAAAA